AUGGCACUGUCUCUUCUUCUUAACUGCGUCUACGAAGGGGCGAUGAGGUGCGAGAUCGAGGCGCGGGAGCUCCGGCGGGGAUGGUGAAGCGGUUCUUGGAAGACCGUGGGUCUUUCAGCAGCGUGGAGGGAAGGUGCCGAUGCGAUUCAGCAUAUGUACUCCCCUAAUCUGAGGUCUGGUUGUGUAAUACUUGUGAUCAGGAGGUGAAGUCGUUGGCUAGGAAGGAGGAUCGUGGGUUUGGAUGCUUCCAUUAACGAGCAUGUUUAUCCGGGAAUGCAGAGAGGAAUGGCAGCAGAGUCUAUUUACAAAGAGAGAUGUAUUGCUGUGGACGACGGCGGGAGUUGGGGCAAAUACAUGUCUAUCUCUGGUUCUCCUGAUGAUGAAUAUGACAUCAUCUCCGAGGAGUGUUUAUUGACUGUAGAUGAGAAUAGAGAAGGUCAGGCAGCGGCUUUUGGAGAUGAUAUAGCCAUUGGAUGUCUUGCCACAGAGUUCAAGCGAGAGAUAUUUGUUGUAAGAAGACAUUGGUCCCUUAGUUCGUUCCUAUUUUCCUUGUUCUUUGCAUAUGCCCGUUUGCUUGGAAUUCUGAUUUUAUCUUCUCAAAUCUUUUCUUAUCCAAUUAAGUUAAUGAAAUUAAAUUAUGAAGAAGAAAGAGACCCAUAACAAUUACAUCAGAUUUUUUUUGCAUGAAAGUAUUCCAAACGAUUGGAUGUGUGUUUGAAUUGGUAUGUCAUGCUACAACAUAUGCAUUUAUGAUCAUGAUGUUACACUAAAAUGCACUAAAAAGCUACCUUUUGAUCAUACACAUCUAAAAUGGUUCUUAUUUCUUUGUAUCUUGUAAUAGUCUCCUUUUUAUGGAUCAUACUCAUUUUGAAAGCAUUCAAGCAUAUAAUUGUUAUGGAUCUCUUUCUUCUUCAUAUUUAAUUCCAUUAACUUAAUACCAUUGGACUUCAUCGGAUACGAAAAGAUUUGAGAAUAAGUUACUGGCUUUAAGAGAUCAAAAUUCCAAGCAAAUGGGCAUAUUGAAAAACCAAGGAAAAUAGAAACUACUUUUACAUGGCCUUUGGAAACCAACUAGAUCGAUGAAAGGGCAAGAAUAUUACGUCUUCAUUCCAAGAUCAACAAGCAUGCUAAUGGCAGCAUCCAAACAAUCCGAUCCUCCUUCCUCCUCAACAAGUUCACCUCCUAAAUCACAUGUACCCAACCAAGACUUAGAUCGGGUGAGUACAAAUGCUUAAUCGCAUCAUCAACAUCUUCUCUCUAAGCCGCACAAAGGUCCAAGAUCCUCCAAGGAUUGCUUCACAAUCCAGGUACUUCCACAACAUGCCUUUCUGGUGGAUUCUCUGUAAAUGCCUUCUCUGUUGGUCCUGCGGAUCUCUCCAAUUACCUAUAAAUUGGUUUUAAAAA